GUGGAAGAGAUACUUUAAAAAAAACUUGAGAACUGACGCCUGAUAGUUCGGGGCCCUAAGUUUUUUUUUCGUGGAAUUUCCCGACAGGAAUAUAUCCAGCUUAUUCCCUUGCGUUCCUACGAGAUUCAAGCCAUCCAGUAGCCAAACUACGACUAUGUUCCCGAAUCUUCUCUCCACUUCUCGUGUAUUUAGUUUCCAGUUUUAAUGAAUCGAGAAUGGCUCUUGAUGAUCCAGGAAUAUUAUACCGCAGAACUCUUAUGACAAGAACUCUAUGAAUCUUUCAACAAUGUUUUCUACAGGAAAGACUGCCACUGCUUGGGUGUGGGUAAUGUUUUCAAUAAGUUCAUUUUUGGUUGAAGAUGGAUUGCCGUUUCUUUGCCAUGUUGUUGAUUCGACUUCAAAAGUGAUUAAACUACGAUCAUCUCUAUCGCUGACUUGUGCAUUGCGACGGGAGUGUAUUGCAUCAUUAGAUGCAAAUGCAAGUCAUAUAUUCUGGAAACUAAAUGAUACCAAAAUUCCACAAGGACAGUAUCAUUUUAAUGAGACUGUUUCACAAGUGACCUUGAAUUAUUUUGAUGCAGUGAAAGGCUAUUUGACAUGUCACAUUAAUAUCAAAGGAGCACCAAAUAUUCUUCAUCGUUUUACUAUUAAAGCAGGAUUGCCUCCUGAGAAGCCAAAAAAUAUUUCCUGUGUUUCAUACUGGGUGAAAAACUUUACUUGUUUCUGGGAUCAAGGAUAUGAAACAUAUCUAGAGACUAAUUUUACAUUAGUUCGAAUAAUAGAACAUUCUGGAAAUAGUACCUGUGUUAGUACAAGGAAGAAUACGUGCUCCUUUAUUUUCCCGAAUAUGUAUAUUGUAGACUGCAAGGUUAUUGUUAUGGCGGAAAAUGCUCUCGGCAAAGCUUGGUCUGAUCCUUUGGACGUGAAGAUUGAUCAGAUUUCCAGAACUGGUCCACCUCAGAAUGUAAUUGUUCAGUCUGUGCGAGGCCAAGGGAGAUCUCUACUUGUAACUUGGCAAAAACCCAUUGAGGUGAUGCCGUCUGUCCACUUACUUUAUAACAUCCAAUACCAAGCGGCUGGCUCAAGCAAGUGGAUUCAGGUAACAGAAAAAGAAGAAAUUGUUAAUAAUUCAUUUGUAGUUCAGAACCUCAACCCCUUCACUAAUUAUACUGUUGCUGUGCGAUGCAUUGGUAAAGAACAGACCAUAUGGAGUGGAUGGAGUAAUGAAGGAACUGGAUUAACAUCUGAAGCUAAACCAUUGGCAGCACCAGAACUAUGGAGGCAAAUCAAAAAUCAUGAUUCUCAGGGCAUUAGAGAAGUACAUCUUCAUUGGAAGGCUUUGAACAAGUCUAUAGCAAAUGGAAUCAUUUUGGGAUACAGGAUAUGGUCUGAGAAACGAUGGGAUCAAACAUUGGUGCAACAGGAUAACACAACAUAUUUGAAUUAUUCCUUGUUGCUGACACAUGAAGCACACGUUGUAACUGUCAUUGCUUAUAAUUCAGCGGGCGAUUCUCCUAAGGCAGUCUUGAUAGUUCCAGCUGUAAACCAGACAGCUCCCACAACUGUUCAGUAUGUUCAAGUUACAUCACAGAAUAACCGACUGCUCAUACAGUGGAAGGCUCUAGAACGACCAGAUAAUGGAUAUAUCAUUGAAUGGUGUUUGUUUUUGGAUGCAAACCCCUGUGCUGGACCACUCCAAUGGCAAUAUGAAGGAAAUACAACAGAAAUGAUGUACUUAAAGGGUGAUUUUAAACCAUUUGUGUGCUAUAACAUUACUGUUUAUGCUUUGUACAACGAUGGUCCAGGAAAUCCACGGUCAGCACUAGCCUAUCUGCAACAAAGUUAUCCAGCAGAAGGACCCAGCGGCGUUUUUCAUAAAGCAAGAGGAACAGAAGUUACGAUUAAAUGGCAGGAAAUUCCUAUAGAAAAGCGACGUGGUUUCAUUACCAAUUACACCAUCUUUUAUAAAUCUGAGAAAGGUGAAAAAGCUGUAACACUGAGUCCAGAUACUUUUGAGUAUACUUUGGAAUCUCUGGACAGAAAUACUGAAUACUUCGUAUAUAUAAUGGCAUCCACAGUGAAAGGGGGUAAAAAUGGCAGCUUGAUUGUCUUCAAGACAAAUGCAAUUGAGCAAGGAGAUAUUGUGGUGCUUGUGGUGUCCGUCGUUCUCAGCUUCCUACUAAUGAUCAUUGCAUCCGUGGCCUGUUUUAAUUACCAACACAGGAUUAAAACAUACAUUUGGCCUGAUGUUGCAGACCCAGCAGGGAGCAGUAUGGCAGAUUGGUUACAAAAGCACCCAUCCAAGGAUAAUCAUGUUCUUAAAAUACUGAAUCCUGGGAAUGAAUCCAUAUCAGACUUCAGUUCCGUUGAAGUUUUGUGUUUGUUUGAGCAAGACAAGCUAAAGUCUGUGCAGAAAGAGGAGACUUCAUCCUUGCACACAGCAGAAGAGGAAUCUUCAUCCGGUUUGUCUCCACCACAGCAAGACAUUGCAAAUGGAGCAGAAACGGCUCGCCUGUUGCCACCUACAGAUGUAGUAGCAUACACAGUCUUGGAGGAAUGCUACAAGAGCCAAGUGCCAGAGCAGCCAUUAGUUUCAACUGUUCCAGAAACAAGUGCAGAGGACCAGAUGCUGCUUGUUUGUUGAGUGCUUCCUAAAUUGCCUGCUUUGCUAAUGGAGAAGUAAAAUAAGACAGUCAGUGCGGUGUGGGAGUGACCAGUGCCAGUAUUACGAUGCAGAUUCACGCAAUGGAAUUUCCCUAGAAGUGCUUGACUCUCACAACUUCAUCAGUGUGGUAGAAAACCUAUUCUACAGUUAUGGCUAGAGUCUGAGAACAGGGCUGAGGAAAUUUUAGGUUUCAGAACCACAUUCAUUAAAACCUACAAGAUCAAAGUUGUAUGUUGAAACUGUAACCUUCAGCCAAUAUAUAUUGCCAAUUGCUUUGGGUCCUGUAGGUUUUGCCUUGAUUUCUUCUUUGUAAGAAACCUUACGGGGCCAGUUGUAAUACAUUAUAAAUGGGUAAGUCUAGAAUGAGAUAAAUGGGAAGAGGCUAUCUGGCCUUUUGUUUCAGUGAUAAGAAAGAAAGGAUUGAAGAUCUGGUCCUGAUCCUGUGCCCAAUAUACAAAUCAUUUAACAAAAUAGCAAAUAACAGUUUCUUUACCUAAAUACAAAACAACUUUUAUGAAACUGAAAAAGCCAAAAGUCAUGACUGAUUCAAAGUGAAACCACAGUUCAGUGGGGCUUAAUGCAGCUCACUGUUUGCAGGACAAUUGGCCAUUGAACUCCAUGGUAACGAUGAUGCAUCUGGUUGACCUUCAGUGAAGCUGAGUAUCUGCUCCCAUGUUUGUCAUGUCAGUUCUCACAGGAGCCUGCUCCACCACACCCAGCAAGCGCUCCUGUUGAGAACUGAUGUCUCACCAUCACCCACAAAUUUUGAAAUAGUUCCCUGAACUGACAAACUCACGUUAAGAGGACAUACCAGGAACAGAAAAGGGAACAUCUCAGUCCAUCUUCCACCCGUUCAUUAGAACUCCUUGUUUUCUUUCCCCAAGUUAUUUUCCCAUGAUCUUUUUAUUCGAUAAGCUUCAGGCUUCCUGACAUGCCCACUAAGUGGUUUUUGGAAGCUUGCAUCCAUCAGUCCAGUCAUUUCACUGACAUCAGCCUUCACCAUUAACUUGUGAUACAUCAAUCCAAUCAUUUAACACAGCUUGCUUUUUACCAAACAUCAAAUAAUUUACUGGAGGAAUUCAGCAGGUUGAGCAAUAUAUUGUGGACUUAUUUAUUCAUUUAUUGUUUUGGAUUAAAACCUUGUAUCAUUUCCCUUCCUCCUGCAGAUAUUGCUUCACCUGCUAGGUUUCUCCAACCGAUUGUUACUCUAGACUCCAGUAACUGCUGUCCCUUGCAUCUCCCUUCUCUUUUAUGAUUUCUUGCUGUCUUUCAUUCAUUAAUCCAUCUGCAUCCAACUGUUGAUUUUGUUCCAGAUUUUUUUUCUGCAUCCUCAAGGUUAGCUGGGCUAGGACAUGGAUUUUGCUGUUACAAGAAUCACUCCUUGUUAUAAUGAUCAGUGAGGCACAGAGAAUCUGUAUUUACUGACUUUUUACUAACUAAAUACUAAAGUAUUUGCUAACUUUUAUUGUCUCAACUAAGGAGCAUGUGGGUUCACAAACUAACUACCUGUGUGCACCCUACUUGAAUCUCUGACCCUCCAUGAACUGUCAAUGAAGAGAAAAGAUAUUACCCAAGAAAGGAAUCUAUACUGGCCAGGUGUUCCUUGUGGUCCCGAUCUCCAUGUGUCCAUGGUGUUCUUAUCUGCAAUGGUUGGUCCCUGGUGGCUGGAGAGUUAUUGCCCUGGUGUAUUUGGAGCUCCUGAGUCUUGUACUGUUCCUCAUCAAUUGAACUGGUGGAUCUCCAUCCCAUUGGCUCAAGGUCACCUGACCUACCUGGGUCACCUUCUUACUGGUCAUUGUCCAAGGCUAUAAACAACAUUGUUUCAUGGUACUGCCCACCGUGUGUAUUUGUGUCUUUCAACUCUGACUGGUCCAAGCCAGUUAAAUGGCAGAGUCUAACGAGAUUACGGAUUGAUUGAUUCUUUGGUGGGUGUGGCAUUUUACAUAAUAAGCAGCUACUCCUCUGAGAAUGGUCUCAGAUUUAGCAGGACAUUACCUUCUGUCCACAUUCAAUUGCUCUGAUUAGGUUGUCCCAGAGCAAGAGUAAUUUCAGAGUCCAUAAAAUGGGGGAAAUAAAGACUGCGCAGAGAGAUUGGAGAGAUUGGCGCAGAGAGAUUGGAGAGAUUGGGCUUGUACACGCUGGAAUUGAAGAGAUUGAGAGGGGAUCUGAUUGAAACGUUUCAAAUAAUUAAAGGAUUUGAUAGGAUUGAGGCAGGAAAUAUGUUCCAGAUGUUGGGAGAGUCCAGUACCAGAGGGCAUGGAUUGAGAAUAAGAGGUCAGUUAUUUAAAACAGAGUUGAGGAAGAGCUUCUUCUCCCAGAGAGUUGUGGAGGUGUGGAAUGCACUGCCUCGGAAGACGGUGGAGGCCAAUUCUCUGGAUGCUUUAAAGAAGGAGCUAGAUAGACAUUUGAUGGAUAGGGGAAUCAAGGGAUAUGGGGACAAGGCAGGGACUGGGUAUUGAUAGUGAAUGAUCAGCCAUGAUCUCAGAAUGGUGGUGCCGAAUGGUCUACUUCUGCACCUAUUGUCUAUUGUCUAUUGUCUAUUCUUUGUCUGUAUCCUCUGUCCUUGAUCAGACUGUACUUUCUCUGGCCAACAUUGCACUGUUUGUUUUUUUGAAUAGUAAUGUAACAUGGGCAGAUCUUCGGUCCUAUGAUUAAGAGCCCCCACAAGUUUCAGCCUUCCUCUCUCAACAACUCAGUGUUCCUCCCAUUCCUGGUGAUAUAUUCAUUUCUAUUAUAUCCACCCUUCUGAUCAUAAUUUUUAUUCAUUUCAAUACAUCCAGCUUAUCAACUAUCUCCUCUUCUUGGCAGCAUCUUCACCCAUGAUAAAUCAGAUAUCUAAUAUUGGGGCAAUGCAUGCUGAAUGUGUGAGUGGGUCUCUCACAGGGCUCCAUUUACUCUUUAUGUCCAUGUAGGAGAUUCUUAGAUUUGUUUUUGUGCCAGAUGUCCGUGAGCUUUCAUAGUCUGUUUGUACUUAUUUCCGUUUUCACAUCCUUUCUACACUUUCAGUCUUAAGUCUGGUUCUCACAUCAAUCUUUUGUGUCUCUGCCUCCUUUUAUUGCUCAACCUCGAGAGCUCUGGUUUCGAUUUCCCAACCCUUUCCCUUGUGGCCUUGUAUACUCACUGCAUCCAAACGGUCUCUGGUUUACUGCUCACAUCUCUUUCACAUACGAAUAUCUGAUUCCAAUUCACCAGGCAACUAUAUUCACAUAUCACAGUCACUGGCCCUCCUACUAUUAAGGUAGGAGGCUUGAUUGAGUCCAUCCUUGGACUUUGUGAGAGGCUAGAGAAGAAAUUGAGGAGGCCCUUGUGGAGAUACUUGCUUCAUCGUAAGCCACUGUUGAAGGUUUGGAAGACUGGAAGGUGGCUAAUGUUUUUUUUUUCAAGAAGGUUGAGUCAGUCUCCCAUCAGCAGUGGGCAGGUUACUGGAGGGUAUCUGAGAGUUAGGAUCUACCAGCAUCUGGAUAAACAAAGUCUGAUUAGGAGGAGUCAGGAGACCCUUACUCCUGAUGAAGGGUUUCGGCCCGAAACAUCGUCACUUCCUCCUCCCAUAUAUGUUGUCAGGUCUGCUGAGUUCUGCCAGCAUUUUGUGUUUUUAUUAGGAGGAGUCAGCAUGUCUUUGUGCAGGGGAAGUCCUGGUUGAUGAACUUUUAAGAAUUUUUAGGAGAGGUAACCAAAAAGGUAGAUGAGAGUAGGACAAUGGAUGUUAGCAAGAUGUUCGACAUGACUCCACGUGGUUGUUAAGUCUGGAAGAUUAGGUCCAAUGGAAUCCAGGGAGAGCUAGGUCAGUGGAUUCAACAUUUUAAAGGUAGGAAGCUGAGGGAGAUGGCUGAAAGUUGCUUCUCAGAAUGGAUGCUGGUGACUACUGAUGUGUCUCAGGGGUCAAUGUUGGGCUGUUUGUUCUUUAUAGAAAUGAUUUGGAUGCAAAUGCACAAGGCUUGAUGUGGUGAACUACAUAUACCUGUCUGGACAUGCCCCCUGCUGACUGCUCCUGUGGCUCCUCCCACAGACCCCGGUAUAAAGGCAAUUGAGGCCUGAGCCCGGCCCUCAGUCUCCAGGAUGUAGUAUGGUGGUCAACCACUGCUUGUUCUUUCUUCCAGUCAAUAAAAGCCGAUAUCUCACCUUCACGUCUCAGAGAGAGUUAUUGAUGGUGCAUCACUUGAGCAGUAAGUCUGCAGCUGACAGAAGAUUUGGAGGUGCUGUUGAUAAUGAAGAUGGUUAUCAUAGUUAACAGGGUAUUAGCAUAUGUUUUUAUGUAUUUGAUAUGUUAGUCAAGUGAGCUGAGAAGUGGCAAGUGGUUUUCAGUGCAGAUGAGUGUGACAUGAUGCAGUUUGGAAGACAAAUCAGCAUAGGAUUUAUACUGUGAAUGGUAGGGCACUGGGGUGUGUAACGUAACUAAGAGUAGAAGUACAUAAUUCAUUGAGGCAGGGAUGCAGUGUGGUGAAAAGUGUGUUUAGCACAUAAGCCUUCCUCAGUCGGGGCAAUGAGUAUAGAAGCUGAGACAAUAUGUUGCAGUUGUAGAUGUUGUUGGUGGAGCUGCACUUGGAGUACUGUGAGCCCUGGUCACCCUGUUAGAGAGCCAUAGAUUCAUAGAACACUGCAGCACAGAAACAGUGCCAAACCAUUGUUCUGCCCAGUCCCACUGACCUGCACCUGAACCAUAGUCCUCCACACUGCUCGCAUCCAUGUACUUAUCUAAACUUCUCACAAACUUUAAAUUUGAACCUGAAACAAACACUUCCACUGGCAGCUCGUUCCACACUUUCACCACCACCUGAGUGAAGAGUUCCCCUUAAACAUUACACCUUUCACCCUUAACCCAUAACCUCUAGUUCUGGUCUUACCCAACCUCAGUGGAAAAAGCCUGCUUGCAUUUACCCUUUCUAUACCGCUCAUAAUUUUGUAUAUCAUAUCUCCCCUCAUUCUCCUGGGCUCCAGGGAAUAAAAUAUCUCCAUAAUUCCCCUGUCCAUCUGUCACUCUCCACUAAUACCCCUCCUGGUGCUUAUCCCUACAAGUGGAACAAGUGCCGUACCUGUCCAUUCGCCUCCUCCCUCAUAACCAUUCAGGACCCAAACAGUCCUUCUAGGAAAGGCAACACUUCACCUGCAAGUCUGCUGGGAUCAGCUUCUAUAUCCAGUCUUCCCAUUGUGGUCUCGUCUACAUCGCUGAGACCUGACGUAGAUUGGAAGACUGCUUUGUCAAGCACCUUCACUCCAUCUGCAACAGGAAGAUGUCCCUGUUGACAACUAUUUUAAUGCCACUCUCCAUUCCCAUUCCAACAUUUCGGUUUAUUGGCCUCCUCUUCUGCUACGAAGAGGCCACUCUCAGGCUGGAGGAGCAACAUCUCAUACUCCGUUUGGGUAGGCUCCAACCUGCUGACAUAAAACAUCGAUUUCUCCAACUUACAGUAUUUUUCCCCACUCCCCCUUCUCUCCUUUACUGUUCCCUAUUCUGGCUUCCCGCUUCCCACUUCUCUUCACCUGCCUGUCACCUUCUUCUGGUGCCCCUACUCUUCUCUUUCUCUCAUGAUCCCCUCUCCUCUUCUAACCUUCCUCUUCUACUUUUAUCACCUAUCACCUCCCAGCUUCUAGCUUCAUCACCCACCCACCCACCUACCUACCUUCUUAUCUGACUGGUAUUCUAGCUGGUAUUCAUUUCCCUUCCCCACCACCCACCUUCUUAUUCUGGCUUCUUCCGCCUUCUUUUCCCAUCCCGAUGAAGGGUCUCUGUCCAAAACAUCAAAUCUUUAUUCCUCUCUGUAGAUGUUGCCUGACCUGUUGAGUUCCUCCAGCAUUUUAUUGCGUGUUAAUAAAGACCUAACCUAUUCAAAUUUCCCUGUAACUCAAGUCCUCAAGCCCAGGCAACAUCCUUGAAAAUUUUCUCUGUACUUCUCUAAUAUAAUUGAUAUCUUUCCUUUGGGAAGGUGACCAGAAUAGAUAGAUGCACGAAUAAAGUUGAAAGCUCAAAAUAAAUUUAUUAUCAAACCACAUACUGUAUAUGUCAGCAUAUUAGUAUAUGAGAUAAUUUUCUUGCAAGUAUAACAAAGGAAUGCAAUAUAAUCAGUGAAAGACUACUGUUAUGAGUGAUGAACAGACCUGAUGGACAAUGGGGUACAGAGUUAACCACCCCCCCCCCGAGAAACACGAACUAUUACUGUUGCUAUGUUGACCAUGAGAAAGAGAGACGGAAAAACAAGAACAUCGGCGACAGAUAAGAGAGAGGGGGAAAUUGCUGAUUAACCGUAUUGUGACUCCUUUUUGAAUUAUUUACUGUUUCGCUGCAAGGACAAUAGUUUGCUCAUAAACAUUCCUCAGUGGACUGAAGGAGUGGCCUUAUUUGAUGGACACAGUCAUUCAGGAGUAAUGGAUAGCUGAGACCCCGUGAGAGGAUAAAAAGACAGGUCUGGAGAGACACCCUCCAGACACGCCAGUGGACACUGAUUGAGUGUUGGAACCCACAAGAAAGGUGGGGGCUUCGAAGACCGAACCAGGAGGUCGGUCAUUAAGGCUAUCAGUGUAAAAGCAGGGCCGGUGGGGACUUGUGUGUGUGUCCACUCAUGCCAGAGUGACGAGUCCACCACAGAAGAACGGUCUAGCAGAAGGACGGAGAGAUCAUAACUGAAUGACCACACCGAUACGACAGAUUAAGAAAGCAAAGGAAGGUUUGCCUGACUGUAGCUGUUACAUCUCGCUCGCUCUCUCGCUCUCUUUUUCUCUCUCUCCAACGAUUACAAUACAACAACUAUAACUACAUCAGCACUCAUGAACUGAACUGAACUUUAUACUUUUCUAUGACAAUUUAUUUACCCCUAGACAUCAAUAGAGCUUGUUUAUUAUUGAUUAUUAUUAUUCCUACACUUUUAGGUUUAUUACUGCUAAUUGGUUUUAUAAGUAUAUUUGCAUUAUUGAUAUGGUUUUGCUUAUUUUUUAUUAAUAAACACCUUUAGUAUAGUACCACCAGACUCCAACGGAUACUUCUUUCUCUGCUGGUUAGACACCCAGUUAUGGGAUACGUAACACUACACACAGAAACUCUUAAGUAACCAAUGUGAAAGGAAUACUAAAUAUAAAAUAAUAAUAAUAAUUAAAGUACUGGCAGUGUUAAUAUUCAUAAUUGUUGGUAUUAAUUUUUGUCUUGCCUUCAUCAGUACCUAUUAAUGCAUAUCAACAAUUUUCUUAAAAAUCUUGAAAAAGUGUCUGAAUUUUUGACAGAACAUGAAACAUAUCUUUCACCUAAAGGGGAAAUCACAAAGGAUCCAUCAAAAUAUUCUCCAAUCACUUGUU